UAUUAUAUGACAUAUAUCAACGUCUAUUGUGUCAUUGGAAAAGUAAUCAUACCUUAGCCACCAGCAUUCAAAUGUGUAAUCUACAAGUACAAGGUAAAAGAAUUGUUCAUAUCCGUUUAGAAGCUCCAAACUGUUAAAGGCACAACAUUUCAAAAUAAAACAAACAAACCAAACCGAAAGGGGACAUGGCUAAAUAUGCUAAGUCUGUUGUUUUUGGAACUUUGUAAAAGAGUUUCGACAGAUGUCCUGAUGAAUAUUAAUUGGAGAAUUUAGAUUAGAUAGAUAUGGCAGCCAUAGCUCAAAGUUUUUAAGGAUAAAAAAAAAAAAUCAGUGUUGUAUAUACAGAUAAACUUUGGAUCGAAACAGAAUACAAUAUGAUGAAUUUUUAACGUUGUAGUUAGAACAAGACGGUAAAUAUUGACGUAAACCGUUCCGUGAUAUCUGAAAGUAAGUAAGAAAUCAUUAAUGUGUUCACUUUUGGUAUACAAAUGAACUCUUUGACAUUAUUCCACUAUAUAUAGGUCUACUGAUACCUAUCUGCAUCCAAAACCGAAUCAUAGAUAAGAUACAUCCAUCCAACGUUUGAAAGAUAUCGUCCAUAUAGCGUGUGGAAGCCAUUGAAUUGAUUUAGAUUUGUGUUGAAGUUAAACAUGUAUGCCAUGAUUGUCUUAAAACUUUUCAUUAGGUCAAUUGGAAUCUUAUGAAAUAUUAAUCUCCCUAGCGAGAUGUCAAUUGGAUUCUUUCACGAAGGAGAAAAAAAAUCCACCAGAUCAAAUUAGCUGUAAAGUGAAAACAGAAAGUUUUCCAUCAGCUUCUAGGAUACAUGAACUUAUAAUAUAAAGAACUAUUUCCACGGUGACAGAUCCGGAAUAUUCAGAUAUGUAGCUGUGUGUACACACUUUAAGGAGGUUAUUAAAAGUCCAAAAUUAGCUUGACAGCCCGGGAAUGUUUACAACCUGAUAUCACCGUUACUACCAUUACAUACCUACCUAGAUCAAUAUUUUAUAUAUUCAACUCAAGAUUUGUUAAGGAAAAUAAAAAGCGAUCUUAUAACAAUCUUUGUCUACUAAAUACACAGUGUAUGACGUUUACGUCAGAGAAACCCUGUAAGUCGCCUGAUUUCAUAAUUCAUGUUUAACAAGGCUAAGAAAAGGUAUUAUAUACCUACUUACAUUCACGUUCGAGUUUAUUUUACUGUGACCCGUUCAUGUACAAUAGUUUUAGAUGUAUAUGAAGCUUUGUAAGGAAUUAUAUUAUUAGCCUUGUAAGUGUUGUUCGCAUGGUUGAUUGCCAGAUAAUGAUAUUAGUCCGUGUUAUUAAUGGUUAUAAGCAUAGCGAUUAUGCUCACUGGUUUUGUAGAUAUUGCUAUUAAUCAUAAAGGCAAAAGUGUGAUAUAGUGUAAAUCAUAACCCAUUGGUUUAUGGGUAAAUGAGUUAAUUAUUACCAAAGCUGAAUUGUCUGCGAUUAACAAAAGGCCCUUAUCACAAUGCGAGCUCGUUCGACAAUUGACAGAAAUUAUUCGAGUGACUACGAUAGCGGACCGUGUCCAACAUGGAUGAAAACAUUGGAAGAUAAAUACAAGAGGCUUCACAUGAAAAUUGUUUUUAAUACGAAUUCUGCACGUGUUCGUCCCAGACCAUCGGGUGCCAGUUCCACAGUUUCAGGCGGGGGAAGGUAUUCCAGAAUCAGCCAAAGACUUCGCGCCACCCCACUUCGUGGUCCCCGAACUAUUAGUCCGUGCACGGAACAUAAUUUUGUGAAAUCUGAAAAUGGAACUUCGGAUGAUGUUAUCAUAAAUAAUGCGUUCGAAAAAGACGUGACGCCCAGUGAUGAUGUGAGCGAACAAAACAUCGAGAACGACCAAAAUAAUGUCGAUGAUUUGUCCGAAUUAAAAUCUGAGGUAUCUUCCGAAAAGGAUCCAUCAAGUAAUAUGGACUAUUGUAGGAACAGUACGAACUCUUCAUCUGUUAGAGACAGAAUUCAAAGGAGGUCUCACAAUAAAAAGAUUGUAUCCAAAUCUGGGGAAAAUGGUGAUACGAGAUACCAUCGGCCAGAUACAUAUAAAACUGUUAAAUCGUGUCCAUCAACUUUCAAUGAAGCAGAUUUAACAGCAGACGUUCGCCAUGACAAAAAAACGGAUGUUGAAAAUUCCCCAAAGAAGAGACGAUCAAAACUUUUUCAACGAAUGUCGAAAGAAGCCCAAACGGCCAUUAACGAAACACUUUGUGAAAAGAAGAAAGAAAGUGGCGGAAUCGGGCGUGAAAAAUCAUUUAUGUUGAAUAAUUAUAGCAAUUUAAUGCGAACUUCGCGAACAGACAUGUGUGCACCGAAUGUUUGUCAAAAUGGCAAGGAAUCGAUUCCAGAUCGACCCAGAAGUUGUGAGCCGCGACCCAUUAAUACAUCAUCAUCGUCGUCAUCGUCAACAAUGAAUAAAACAAGACUUCCCGAAAUAUCUUCGUCGCGGACAGAUUCAUCACCCAAAGAUAUUCGACAACGGAACGUUAUUCUUCCGGGUGUAGGACGAUACCAAAUUCCCGUUGGUUUACCAAUUAGGGAACAGACGUUUCAGGUGACUGGCGCAGAGUAUGACAUUCGAUAUCGUGAAGUAAUUAAUUGUGAGAGAGCGGACUCAGUCACCCCGCCCUCUGAUAUUUUGGAACAAGCAAUCAUGAAGUGUCAAGAGUGGUUAACUAAAUAUGCUGUCUAUGCUAAAAGGUGAAAAUAGCAAUAAUAACUCUAAUGCAAAUAUUUCAUUCAGCUUAAAGAAGCGGCCGGGGCUGUGCUUGGAUUCUGUCCGACUAUCUGUCUUUUGCACCAGAUAAUAAUUCUCGAAACGUCGGUUGGAGCUCUGUCAUUCAAGGAGAUUGAUUAAAACAUUAUUUUGCUUUACAUUCACACUUAAUGUGGGUUGUAUUGUCACCAUCUUCGCCCGUCGGUCUGUUUACAAAGAAUUCCAGUAAACUAUCUGCAUUUUUUGAGAAAAAAAAAUUCUAACUUGCUCGGAAUAUUUGUCGAGACGUAAGAAUAAUCUGGUCGAAAUAAAAGAUCGUAAAUCGAUAUUGCCCAUAUCACAUUUUUGCAGGGAUUGGUAAGCUGGUCUUAAGUGGGAAACAGGCCAAAAAUAGAAUCAAGUUUCUGUUUUAGUCCAAGUUUUAGACUCCCGUCUCCGAAACGUUGUGCAUACGCUUUGAGGUCAGAGAUUUCUGAAGCUUUUUUUUCAAAAUUGCCGUAAUCCAAGUCACAUUGUACAUGGAAUGCUUUUUAUAUCACUAUGCAGAUCAAAGGUUUGAAAACUUGCUGUGAUUGUUCGGCUAUAGUGAUACGGACUGAUAUACACGGGGUUCAGAUAUAUUUAUGUUUUAUAAAAUUUGUGAGGGGUUUCAGCUCAUUAUAAGCAUGAACAUCUUUGAUUGCAGAGUCACGCACUGAUUCUUCUUAAAGACUACAGGUUACAUAAUUUUUUUUUAUUGUUAGUUAAUGGUCUAAUUAAAAUCGAUGUUUGGGGUCCUUCUUAUACUUUACAAAGCUACUAGGGCGUAUGUUUGAACAAUGCUUUCAAAAAUAUGUA